AUGUCUGACAGAGGCCGUUCACCCUCUCCGGGGGGUCCCUCAGGGCCUGGAAGACGACCUUCCCAGUCCCCAGCCCGAUCUGCGACUGGCUCUGGUAGUGGACCUGCUGGCGGCUAUGCAAAGCCCCUGGGCUACGAUCCUGCGAAGCCUCCAAAGCAGGAGGACCAGGGAAACACACGAAUGGAACUACCUCCAGAUGCGUACAUCUCCGAGACCAAGAAGGAUAUGUUCACUCUGCGAAACGGUCGUUUCAACACUGAGGGAAAGCCUGAGCACAUCGAGGUCAACCAGUACCGAAUGACCAAGUUCGACUUCAACAAGAAGAUCUACCAGUACGAUGUUGUACUUUCGCCUAGCCCUGACAAGAUCGGACCGGUCAUGAAGAAGAUUUGGGCCCAUCCUGUUACCGUGAAGACCAUGAAGCCUUACAAGCUUGAGAUGUGGCUUUUCGACGGUAAGAAACUGGCAUGGAGCCCCGCGCUUGUCGACCGCGGUGAACUUCGGUUCAGUGUCGAUCUAGACGAAGGCCAACGUCCUCCUGGAGCCAAGCCUCGGGAUGGUGGCAAGUUCCUGGUCACUAUUCGAAAGACCACCGAGAUCCAAGUUGCUGCUCUGCAGGGCUAUCUGUCUCACAAGAUGUCGUUCAACAACAGUGUUCAGGAGGCACUGAACUUCAUUGAUCACCUUGUUCGACAGUUCCCCUCCAAGAACCUACUUGCUAUCAAGCGAAACUUUUACCAAACUGGUCGACCUGGAGCUCCUCUUCAAGACGGGGCCAUCGUUGAAGUCCACAAGGGAACCUACGCUUCAAUCCGAAUGAGUGACAACUUGAAGCAAGGUGGUGUCGGACUUGGCUACAACAUUGAUGUCGCCAACACCUGUUUCUGGAUUGGCAACCAGCCAUUGGACAGGAUGGCCUGCAACUUUCUUGCUACCAUUGACCCAAACAAGUUCCGAGGACACACUCCUGCGACUCUCAAUGAGAUCCUCAAGCCGGUCAGGAACAGGAGUGGCGGGUGGGAGUCAUCUGAUGGCUUCAAGCAGCUUCGCAAGUUGCGACGCCUCAAAUUCAAGAUCAAGCACAAGGGCCGCCCAAACGAAGACAAGCUGUACACGAUCAUGGACUUUGCAUUCGAUGCCAAGUUUGGUGAAGCUGGUCACACUUCUCGCACUCACACCUUUGAGAAGGAUGGAAAGGACAUCAGCGUCUAUGACUACUACAAGAAGAUGUACAAUGUCACUCUGCGACUUUCCCACCUUCCUCUUAUCAACGCUGGAAAGGGUGGCUUCAUUCCCAUGGAGCUUGCCUUCGUUGAGAGCAUGCAGCGAUACCCUUUCAAGCUCAACCCAGAACAGACAUCUGCGAUGAUCAAGAUCGCUGUUACCCGCCCUAACGUCCGCAAAGCCGACAUCCAAAAGGGAGCUGCCGCUCUUCAGAUCGGCCAAGAUCCUUAUCUGAGGGAGUAUGGUGUCAAUUUCGAAGCCCAAUUUGCGAAGACCGAGGCUCGUAUCUUGCCUCCCCCUACUGUCAGGUUUGGCCAGGGCACAGCGGAACCCAAGUUCGCUGGUCGCUGGGACUUGAGAGGAAAGAAGUUCUUCAAGCAGAACACCGCCCCCCUCCAGAACUGGGGCUUUGUUGCCUGUGAAGCACCUGUCCCACAGGCUGUUCUUUCAGCAUUCGCCACAACAUUCAAGACCACUUUUCUUGGUCACGGCGGCAAGGUGAUUGGAGACCCCAUGCUUCUCAAUGCACCUGCCGGCCUGCGUUUUGAACCCGGAAAGCUGGUCGAGUGGGCUCACGAGGAGAUCACUCGCCGAAAGGGCUACACACAACUCUUGUUCAUCGUCGUGUCCAAGAAGAACAGUGGUACCUACGAGCGCCUCAAGAAGUCUGCUGAUUGCAGAUACGGCAUUCUCAGUCAGGUUGUCCUUGGCAGCCAUGUGCAGAAGAACAAUGGCCAAUACCACUCCAACGUUUGCAUGAAGGUGAACGCCAAGCUUGGUGGUGCCACUGCCUGCACGCCUCCUCUGUGGAAGACUCCUACAUUCUUCCCCGACAGCCGCCCAACCAUCAUUGUAGGCUGCGAUGUCUCCCACGCUGCUCCCGGUGGUGCGACUGCUUCAGUUGCUUCCAUGACCAUGUCUGUGGACCCCAAUGCCACUCGAUACGCCGCAGUCGCUCAGACAAACGGAUAUCGCGUCGAGAUGCUUACCCCCAGCAACAUUCGACUCAUGUUUGCAGAACUCCUCCCUCAGUGGCGACACAACCACCCAGGAAAGAUACCUGCUCAUCUGAUCUACAUGCGAGAUGGCGUUAGUGAAGGCCAGUUCGCUCAUGUAUUGGAGCAGGAGGUAUCCGAAAUCAAGAAAUUCUUUGGAAGCAGCCUCCCCCCCGACAAGAUUCCCAAGAUGACGGUCAUUAUCGCCACGAAGCGUCACCAUGUACGCUUCUUUCCACAGAAGGGUGACAAGAACGGAAAUCCCUUGCCCGGUACUCUGGUUGAGAAGGAAGUUACCCACCCUUUCAUGUUUGACUUCUACCUCAACUCCCAUGUUGCUAUCCAGGGAACUGCACGCCCCGUGCACUACUCGGUGAUUCUGGAUGAGAUGGCUAUGCCCGUGAAUGAUCUGCAGAAGAUGAUUUACCAGCAGUGCUAUUCCUACGCCCGCUCAACCACCCCCGUCUCCCUUCACCCGGCGGUCUACUACGCGCAUCUCGCUAGCAACCGAGCUCGCGCACACGAGAACGUCGCAACCAGUGAUGGAUUCAGAACCGGUGCCAAGGGGCAUGAGAUUAUUCGGGAGAAGCAAGCCCAUGGCAUCACCUCAACCGCUCCUAACAGGACCGCUGAUGCACCCCCCCUGAUCCGUCUGGGAGGUCCUUGUGGACAGACUCCUGCUGAUGGCGAGAAGCGCCAGCGAGAUUUCUUCCGCAGUACCAUGUGGUACAUCUAA